GCAGAAAAAAAUCUCUCUCCUAGUGAUAAGAAAGCAGAUAAACAGAAAAAUCCAACCCAAGCUCUAUUCGACUAUGUGGUAGAAGAAGCUGAAGCACUAGUUGCUUCAACAUCUUGGACUUAUAAAACUUCUAAGACGUUUAACCUACCUGAGCCAAAAAUCAUUGAGCGGUCUCAAAAGGACCAGCUCGAAACUAGCAAGCUUCCCAAACCUAUUGAGCUUAUAAGUGAAGUAGCGCCUGAUACGCUUUCUAAAGAAACUGAUUCUUCCAAGUCUAUCAAUGAA